AUGGCGGCGAUGAACGGGCUUGGCGUGCGCUCUGCUGCGCUCGGGCGGCGGCGGCUCCGGCUCCCGGGGGCUUUCUCUGUGGUUCGACGUUGUGUCAAGCUCUGCACGGGCCAUGAAUACGCAGCCAAGAUCAUCAACACCAAGAAGCUGUCUGCUAGAGAUCACCAAAAGUUGGAGAGAGAGGCUCGAAUCUGCCGCCUUCUGAAGCACUCCAACAUCGUGCGCCUCCAUGACAGCAUCUCCGAGGAGGGGUUCCACUACCUGGUCUUCGAUCUGGUCACUGGUGGGGAACUCUUUGAGGACAUUGUGGCGAGAGAGUACUACAGUGAGGCCGAUGCCAGCCACUGCAUCCAGCAGAUCCUGGAGGCCGUUCUCCAUUGUCACCAAAUGGGGGUUGUCCACAGGGACCUCAAGCCUGAGAACCUGCUCCUUGCCAGCAAGUGCAAAGGGGCAGCAGUGAAGCUGGCAGAUUUCGGCCUGGCUAUUGAAGUGCAGGGGGACCAGCAGGCAUGGUUCGGGUUUGCUGGAACGCCGGGCUACCUGUCCCCAGAGGUCCUCCGCAAGGAGGCAUACGGCAAGCCAGUGGACAUCUGGGCCUGCGGGGUGAUCCUCUAUAUCCUGCUUGUGGGCUACCCACCCUUCUGGGAUGAGGACCAGCACAAGCUGUAUCAGCAGAUCAAGGCCGGAGCCUAUGACUUCCCAUCCCCUGAGUGGGACACAGUCACUCCCGAAGCCAAAAACCUCAUCAACCAGAUGCUGACCAUCAACCCUGCCAAGCGCAUCACUGCGCACGAGGCCCUGAAGCACCCUUGGGUCUGCCAACGCUCCACUGUGGCCUCAAUGAUGCACAGACAAGAGACAGUGGAGUGCCUGAAGAAGUUCAAUGCGCGGAGGAAGCUUAAGGGCGCGAUCCUCACCACCAUGCUGGCCACGAGAAACUUCUCAGUGGGCAGACAGACCACCGCUCCGGCCACAAUGUCCACCGCGGCCUCCGGCACCACCAUGGGGCUGGUGGAACAAGCCAAGAGUUUACUCAACAAGAAAGCAGACGGAGUCAAGCCCCAGACGAAUAGCACCAAAAACAGUGCAGCUGCCACCAGCCCCAAGGGGACGCUUCCUCCUGCCGCCCUGGAGCCUCAAACCACCGUCAUCCAUAACCCGGUGGAUGGAGUCAAGGAGUCUUCUGACAGCACCCACACCACCAUAGAGGAUGAAGACACAAAAGCCCCCAGGAUCUCUGACAUCCUGAGUUCUGUGAGGAGGGGCUCGGGGACCCCAGAAGCCGAGGGCCCCCUGCCCACCUCAUCCCCCAGGAUCUCUGACAUCCUGAGCAUGGUGAGGAGGGGCUCAGGGACCCCAGAAGCUGAGGGCCCCAUGCCCUGCCUGUCUCCGACUCUCCCAGGCCCCUUGCCCACCCCGACGAGGAAGCAGGAGAUCAUCAAGAUCACGGAGCAGCUCAUCGAGGCUGUCAACAACGGCGACUUUGAGGCUUAUGCGAAAAUCUGCGACCCAGGCCUGACCUCCUUUGAACCUGAAGCUCUGGGCAACCUGGUCGAAGGGAUGGACUUCCACAGAUUCUACUUUGAGAACUUGCUCGCCAAGAACAGCAAACCCAUCCACACGACCAUCCUGAACCCGCACGUGCAUGUCAUCGGCGAGGACGCCGCGUGUAUCGCCUACAUCCGCCUCACGCAGUACAUCGAUGGGCAAGGCCGUCCCCGCACCAGCCAGUCUGAGGAGACCCGCGUGUGGCACCGCCGUGAGGGCAAGUGGCAGAACGUGCACUUCCACUGCUCGGGUGCGCCCGUGGCCCCGCUGCAGUGAAGAGCUGCGCUGGUUUCACGGGACAGACUCAGUGUUUGGAGCCCAGCUGCCCUCGGGGCGCGGCCUGCCUGUCGCAUGUUUGUGUCUGCCUCGUUCCUCCCCUGGUGCCUGUGUCUGCAGAAAACCAAGACCAGAUGUGAUUUCUUUUUAAAAACAAGAUGACAGUGACAACCACAAAAAAAAAAAAAAAAAAAAAA